AUGGAUAGGUCGUGGCUAGCUGCUGAUAGGAGAUCUUCUGAAUAUAAGUUUGGUGUUGAAGAUUUUCUUGAAUUUGCUUUAAGAAAUGCAAGAGAUCCCAAGCAAAUCAACUGCCCUUGCAUGUUAUGUGGAAAUGAUGAUAGCUAUUCUGUUCGGGUAGUUAAGGAUCAUUUAUUUAUUAACGGGAUUGAUCCGUCUUAUGUUAUUUGGAGUGAGCAUAGGGAGGCUACAUUGGUUUCAGAUAGUGAUAGUGAUCAUAGGAUGGACGCAGAUUCAGAUGAAUCUGUGCAGGGUAAUAUGGAGAUAGAAAUGAAUAGUGACAUAGAGUUAGAUUUUGGAGAGGAUCAGGAACCCCCAGAUGAGUGCAACAAGUUUCAGCGGUUGGUUGAGGAGGCAAACAGACCGCUGUACCCCGGUUGUAAGUCGCACACCAAGUUCAACGCACUUCUACGACUUCAAAACCUUAAAGCAAAACACCAUAUGAGUGAUGCCGCUUACUCUGAUUGGGUAGAAUUGAUAGGGGAUUUUCUUCCAGAAGGCAAUGAGAUACCUGAUACUUAUAGCGAUGCAAAGAAGUCCUUAUUAAGUAAAUUAGGGAUGGAUUAUGAGAAGAUUCAUGCUUACCCCAAUGACUGUAUCUUAUACAGAGGGAAGCAAGCAGAAGCAAUAGUGUGUCCCACAUGUGGUGCUUCUCGGUGGAAGUCAAGUGAAAUAUCUAAGAGUUUAACUUGGCAUGCUACUGAUAGGAAGAAAGAUGGGUUAAUGCGUCAUCCAGCUGAUGCAACGUCAUGGAAGUUAGUUGAUGAAAAAUGGCCUAGUUUUGGUGCAGACCCUAGAAACCUCAGACUUGCCUUGUCAACUGAUGGUUUCAAUCCCUUUAGUGGACAAAAUAGCAAGUGUAGCUGCUGGCCUGUAAUUCUUGUGAUUUACAAUCUGCCUCCUUGGCUCAUAAUGAAGAGGAAACAUAUGAUGUUAACUCUUCUGAUAUCAGGUCCAAAACAACCAGGAAACAACAUUGAUGUCUACCUUCAGCCUCUGAUAGAUGACUUAAAAAGGUUGUGGGAAGGGGUUAGGGGAGUGUAUGACGCAACUCAAAAUCAGACAUUCACACUUAGGGGUUAUCUGUUAUUGACAAUCAAUGAUUAUCCAGCUUAUGGUAACCUUUCCGGAAGUAUAGUGAAAGGUUAUAAUGCAUGUUCUAUCUGUGUUGAAAACACAAAACCCACGAGAUUGGUCAAUGGAGGGAGAAUGUCCUUCAUUGGGUCUGUCGGUGGUUGGCCAGAAGUCACCCUUAUCGAAGGCAGAAGGCUGCUUUCAACAACCAUACAGAGCAUUCUCCCGCUCCAGUUCCUUUAA